AUGACAAGAGAAUGUAAUACAUUAACAAAUAUUUGUGGUCAUAAAAUCGAAAAAGGAAAUGCAAGAAAUUGUGUUGGGAUGCGAUUUGCUUUGAUGGAAUUGAAAAUGUGCUUAGCACAAUUACUUCGUCCAUUUAUUGUAUUACCGAGUAAUAGAAUUAAACAAGGUUUUGAACAUGAUGAAACACAUGUUAUUCGUCCCAAUGGAGUAUAUAUCAAACUAGAGAAACGUUGA